AUGUUCUGUGGAGCGACGAAACAAAACGAACUUUUCGGCCCUGUGGAUCACCGGUAUGUCUGGAAGAGGAAAAAUGAAGCAUACGCUGAAAAGAACAAUCUGCCUACAGUUAAGCAUGGUGGUGGCUUGGUGAUGCACUGGGGCUGUUUUGCAUCCUCUGGAAACCUGCAGCUUGUGGAAGGCAAGAUGGAUUCAUUGAAGUAUCAAGAAAUCCUGGGAGAAAACGUCAUGCCGUCUGUGAGGAAGCUGAAGCUUGGGCAUCACUGGACCUUCCAACAGGACAAUGAUCCCAAGCAUACAUCAGAUUCCACCAAGGCAGUUGUUGCACGCAAACCCAAGAAUAUCACUGAUGUAGAGGCCAUUGCUCAUGAGGAAUGGGCUAAGAUUCCUCAGGAACGCUGCCAGAAGCUGGUGUCUGGCUAUGCAUCUGGUUUGCUGCAGGGCAAUGUUGACUCAAAUGUGAUCCUGCCAGGCCCUUCAGAUAGGAAACUUCAUGAGCGUACCUUUGUACUCCAUGAUGAUCCCACACCCUUUUUCAUCCACACCAAAUCCGGAGCAGUGUGCUUCAGAGAGGGGACGGAUGUGGCCGCCUCCGCAUCUCACCGCAGGUUACUGCAACAUCACAGAGAAAUCAACCCCAAAGACAAAGCAAUCAAUGCAGACAAGAUGGUGGUUCAGUGUCCCUGCCGGCAGGGUUGGCACGGUCCUCACUGUGGCAUCCCUACCAGUGUGUAUCAUUCCAAUCUCCCAUCCAAGUCAAAAGUAACACCCAGAAAAGUUCCACGUCGGGUCAUCAAUGCCAUCAACAUCAACCACGAGUUUGACCUACUACACGCUCGAUUCCACGAACUUGGGGAUGUUGUGGAUGUGUUUUUGGUCUGUGAAUCCAAUUUCACCGCGUACGGUGACUCAAGACCUCUUGUCUUCCGCAAACAGAUCCUAAAUGGAAUGUUUGACUACAUAAAGCACAAAAUCCUGUACGUCUUCCUGGACCAUUUUCCUGAUGGCGGCCAUUCGGAUGGCUGGAUCGUGGAUGAUUACCUACGCACUUAUUUGACCAAAAACGGAAUGUCGAGGCUUGAGGGCCUCAAAGAGGAUGAUGUUUUCAUCAUCGAUGAUGCAGAUGAAAUUCCUGCUCGAGAUGGAAUCCUUUUCCUCAAACUCUACGAUGGCUGGACGGAACCGGUCGGGAUCCACAUGCGCAAAUCCCUAUACGGAUUCUACUGGAGGCAGUUUGGAACGCUAAACGUUUUAUCUGCUUGCACGGCAGCUAUGCUCUUUAAGGUUUACAAUGGUGAUGGGAUUUUUCUUCGACGGCGGUCGUAUUAUUCCAUGUCGGGAUUCCGGGAAUACGAGAACUCCACAGGACGCAUUCUGGUACCAUGGGCCAUCGGAAGCCCCAUUCACUACGCUGGAUGGCACUGUUCUUGGUGUUUUAAACCAGAAGGAAUUUAUUACAAACUCAUAUCAGCCCAAAAUGGAGACUUCCCACGUUGGGGUGAUUACAGCGAGAAACGGAAGAUAAGUUAUAUUAAAGAGUUAAUACAGACAGGGGGUUGGUUUGAUGGGUCUAUACCAGACUAUCCACCUUCAGACCCCAAAGAGCAUAUGUUUGCUCCCAAAUACCUGCUGGACAACAAUAAAAAAUAUCGCUACCUGCUGGAGAACCCAUACGCAAAAGAGAAACAUUAAGAGAAACGGGUCUGUUUCAAAUGGGCAGCUUAAAGGUGCACUAAGAUAUUUUUGCCAAACAAUGUUGAUAUUU